AUGGACACCUCCGCCACCGCCGGGCCCUCCUCCUCUGGUGCUGAGGCUCCCGCUCAGCCCUCGCCGCCGCCGAUGGCUCCACAGGUGGCGGUGCAGGGAGCCGGCAUCGGCACUGUGUGGGGCGUGUCUGCCGCCACCACACGUACUGCCGCAAGUAGACCUCCACGUCAUGUUGGCUUCUCCGCUCCCCCGUCCCUCCUCCCCUCGUCUUCCCCGCUCCCCUCCCCCUCGCGCCCCGUUGCGAGUCCAUGGACAUCGUUUGUUUCCCCCUUCCCAUCCGGGCGGGCCGCCACCUCCCCCCCUCCCCCCCGCUAG